UCUGUUCUCUCCAGUUCCAAGGCGGAGAGACACCGCAGCACCGAAAUGCGCACAGCUCCGCGCCAGACCCGGCGAUAGCUUCACCUCCCAACACAUCUGACCCGUCUCUCAACACAAUGGGUUAGAGAGAAUAUGGCACACUUUGACACACUUUGCAUGUCACGGGAAAUGCCCUGCGUUGUCUGGAGAGCUGCGCUGCCGAGCGGCUGAAUUGAGAGCACAAUAACACAGAGACUUGUAAGAGCGGGGACCUGAUUUCCAGUUAUUUCUAUCCCGGUUCCUCUCCCACUUUGGUUUUGAGAGAUGAUCACGGAGCUGGUGUGCAGCGCCGUGGCUGUGGGUCUCUAUCUGAACACGCUGGAGGCAGAUUUCUGCUACGAUGACAGCCGAGCCAUCAAGACCAACCAGGACCUUCUUCCUGAGACUCCGUGGACCAACAUCUUGUAUGACGACUUCUGGGGCACCCUGCUCACUCACAGUGGCAGCCACAAGUCCUUCCGUCCACUCUGCACCCUCUCCUUCCGCCUCAACUACACCCUGCACGGCCUGCGUCCCUGGGGGUACCACCUGCUGAACGUGGUGCUGCACGCGCUGGUCACUGCCCUCUUCACGGCCUUCAGUCGCCCGCUUCUCGGUGGAGGACUGUGGAGCCUGCUGGCUGGUCUUCUUUUUGCCUCUCAUCCGGUUCACACUGAAGCAGUCGCUGGUGUGGUUGGGAGGGCGGACGUUGGCGCUGCGUUGUUUUUUCUGCUGUCUCUUCUCUGCUAUAUGAGACAUUGUGGACUUCGUAGGGACCCACGUGGGACUUUUCAGACCAGGCAAUGUGGUGGCAGCUCAGUCACCUGCUGCUGGGGCUGGAUGCUGGGCAGCCUGUGGUGUGCAGCAGCCAGUAUGCUGUGGAAGGAGCAGGGGGUGACGGUGCUGGCCGUGUCGGCUGUGUAUGACCUCUUCGUGUUCCAGAGACUCCGGUUUCGCCAGGCACUUCUCCUGCUAGGAAAGAGAAAGAACAUCAGUGUUUUGCUGAGUCUCGGUGUGCUGGCUUCCUGGGGAGUUAUUCUGCUGUCAGCUCGCCUCUACUGGAUGGGCAAUAAGCCUCCCAACUUCUCCAACUCUGACAACCCUGCAGCUGACUCGCCACAUUUUCUCACUCGAACGCUGACAUUCCUCCAUCUGCCCGCCGCCAACGCCUGGCUCCUGCUCUGCCCCGACAAGCUCAGUUUCGAUUGGUCUAUGGAUGCUGUGCCCUUGGUGAGGUCCUUGGCCGACUGGAGGAACCUUCACACUGUUGCCUUUUAUGGUGGAUUUAUCCUCCUGGCUUUGUUUGGCCUUUGUAGCCCCACCUCCAAAACCAAGGAGACCAAUGGGAAAGCCUAUGUCACUAAUGGGAAAUCAAUCACUAAUGGGAAUGGUUACCAUGCCCCUGACACAAACCAUAACACAGACCACGGGCUGCCAAAGACCACCAUGAAUGGGUCAGCUGGACUCCACCACUGCCCUCCACGGACGUCCCUGCCUCCUACAGAAAAUCUAGUAGUAUUUUCAUUAGGCAUCAUGUCAUUGCCUUUCAUCCCAGCCACAAACCUAUUCUUUUAUGUAGGUUUUGUAAUUGCAGAGAGGGUACUAUACAUUCCCAGUAUAGGCUUUAGUUUACUGGUUGCUGCUGGUGCAAGAACCUUGUAUGUCAGACUGAGGACUAGAGGUUGCAAGGCCUUACUGUUGUGUCUCUGUAUGGGACUAGUGCUGCUGAAUGGACUCAGAACUGUUCAAAGAAACAGGGACUGGAGCAAUGAGGAGAAUCUCUACAAGUCUGGGAUUAGUGCGAAUCCUGCUAAAGCCUGGGGAAACUUGGGGAACGUACUGAAGAACCAGGGUAAGAUGGCAGAGGCGGAGAAGGCAUACAGAAACGCUCUGCACCACCGAGGGAACAUGGCUGACAUGCUGUAUAACCUUGGCUUGCUACUGCAGGAGAAUGAACGUUUUUCCGAAGCGCUGCAUUAUUACAAACUGGCCAUUGGGAGUCGGCCAACACUGGCAUCGGCCUACUUAAACACAGGAAUCAUCCUGAUGAACCAGGGCAACCUGGAGGAGGCCAAACGCACUUUUCUGACUUGUGCUGACAUUCCAGAUGAGAACUUGAAGGACCCCCACGCCCACAAGAGCUCCGUCACCAGCUGCCUGUACAACCUGGGAAAACUGCUCCAUGAACAGGGCCAGCAGGAGGAGGCCCUGUCUAUUUAUAGGGAAGCGGUACAGAAAAUGCCCAGGCAGUUUGCACCACACAGCCUUUUCAACAUGAUGGGAGAGGCCUACAUGAGGCUGAACAGGCUGGAGGAAGCAGGCCACUGGUACAAAGAGUCCCUCAGAGCCAAGCCUGACCAUAUCCCUGCCCACCUCACUUAUGGCAAACUACUGUCCAUCCUUGGGCAGAAGACAGAAGCAGAGAAGUACUAUCUGAGAGCUAUUCAACUAGACCCCACAAAAGGAAACUGCUACAUGCACUAUGGUCAGUUUCUGCUGGAGCAGUCUCGUCUUGGCGAGGCGGCAGAGAUGGCGGAGAGAGCUGCAGAGCUGGACAGCUCAGAGUUUGAUGUGGUCUUCAGUGCUGCUCACAUGCUCAGGCAGGCCAGUCUAAAUGAAGCAGCAGAGAGGCAGUAUGAGCGUGCAGCCAGCCUCAGACCAGAUUACCCAGCUGCUCUGAUGAACCUCGGGGCGAUCCUCCACCUGAAUGGGAAACUUCCCGAGGCAGAGGCCAACUACCUGCGUGCACUACAGCUCAAACCUGAUGAUCUCAUUACCCAGUCCAACCUGCGCAAGCUGUGGAACAUCAUGGAGAGGCAGGGACUCAGGAUUAGGCAUGGGCUCGGGAUGCAGAAUAGCGACCUUUGAACUGAGAGAGUUACUACACUCUGCCCUUAACGAUGACCUAGUGUCCUCUGGAGAAUGAAGCAGGACAGGAUAUGAAAGAGCUGGAGGCUAAAAGCUCCCUCUACGAGACAGGAAAGACAAAUUCUGUAGAGUUGUAGCCUGUGAUGCUUGUGGAAGACAGUUUGAGGCUUGGCAUGUUUGGUUCUGCCCGAUAAUACGUCACCACCAGUGAUGUAUGGUGGCUCAAACGACUAAGACCAAUGUCAACUUUCAUUAUUAAAUUUUCUAAAGUAAUGCUCAGUUGUUAAAUGAUGCACUAAAGUCAAAGGCAAAAGACUAGAAAAUCCAAAAGAAAGUCUUGAGUACAAAGGUCUGCUCAAAGGUCAGCUGAUUAUUAUUUCAUUAUUAUUAAAAACUUGGGUAUGUUUUUUUUUAAAGCACUUAAUUUGAACGAGGAUGUAGCAAAAGUAUUUAAAUAAUAAUUAGCAGAAUGAGUUUUGAGGUUGUCAGCGCUGAUGGGUGAAUGACAUCAUAUUGCCUUUCAUGAUGCAAGCUGGUUUGUGUUAAAGGGGAACUCCACCAAUUUUACACAUCAAAGUCUGUCUACAGGUCUUUGGGAGUACUACUACAUAGGUGAAAAAAGUUGUAUAAAGCCAGAGGGAGUCUGAUAAAUUGCAUCUAGUGAUGUCACGUGAGUCAGCGUCUGAUGAGUGUGAAAACUUUAGAGUUAGAAAGAAGAGAGACUAACAGACCUCCUGUAGAUCGCUCCUCAUCUCUGCUCGAGACUAGCGGCUUGAGGCUACAUUAACUGCUACUAGUGUAACACACCUGCAUCUCUGACCGAACUGUCUGCAUUCGAGUUGUAUUGUGGGUAGUGUAGGCACCAGGUUUUGACAAGGAAGAAGAAUGUACGGAAUAAAAAAAGACAUAUCUCUAGUUCUGCUGCAUUGAUUUUGAUCUUUUUUCUUUUAAACUGUCCAUCGUGAGUUCCGACAAUGUUAUAGGAGCUCAAUGCUAAAUUGGUGGAGUAAAAAUUUUAAAUGAAAACCUGACUAAUUACCCUCAGGGUGCUCUCGCCUUCAACUCCUACUCUUAACACAAUAAAAAAGCAUUCCAGUGCUAAGACAUCUUCAGGUACCACCCUCUAAUACAGCACUGUAUAGUAAAUUGCUCCAACCAAUUAAAAGAACAGGUUAACUCAUAAUGCAUAGCCAGUCACAUUCUGUGGGUCCGAGUCACUGAAGAUUGUUUGCGCCUGGUGCAUUUUAAAUGCCUGUGACUGAAAAAAAUGUUAACAGAUAAUGAGAAAACGGUGCCAAAGCUUGUACUGGGUCUUUACGCCUCUCGUGCCAAGCAAGAACUGAUCUCACUUAUGUGUUGUGUUCCUUGUGUCAAAUGAAGAUGUUUCACUCCAUGUGAUCAAAAGAUCAAAUUUAAUUUAUUAAUACAUGUUAUUUUAUGUGAAAAAGCCAACACUGUGCCGUCACUGUCACAGUAGCCCACCCUCUCUGUUUUCUCCACAUAGAUAGGCUACAGUAGGCUACAUGACAAUUACAUUAAAAUGUUUUUUAUAUUUGUUUUCUCUCUGCUCAGGGACAUCAGGUUGUGAUUCCUGUCGCAGAAUGGGUUUGACACAGAGAGAGCUUUUUAAAAUGAUGUUAGAUGUUUUUGAUGAUUGUGAUGUUUGGUUAAGUUAUAGAAAAUGUGUAGCUGAAAAUGUGUUGUGUUUUGUAAAGAAAAGUGAACCUUUUUCCAUAAUAAAAAAAUGACUUUUGCUCUCA